AUGGCAGCUGUAGGUACAUCAAAUUUUGAUUGUUUAGAAAUUAAGACCCGUAGUAUAGAACAAACUUUGCUACCUCUUAUCAAACAGAUCUCAUCAUUAGUCGAAACGCAUGGUUCAGCGGGUGCUUUGCGUUCAUCGGCAGUUGCUCGUGUGGGACAAGCAGUGAACGUGGCCGUCGAUAGAUUCGUGACAGUUGGUGAAACAAUUGCCGAUGAUUAUGUGGAAGUUCGCCAAGGAAUGUACGAAGCUUGCAAAGAGGCACGUCAAGCUGGAAGUGCAAUUGAAAGGAUAUGCGAAGAAGUGGAAGAAGAUGUUAUUUCGGAUAGAACAACGCUGGUCCGUGCAGCCAGGUGUCUCCUAAGCGCAAUUACCAGAGUAUUGCUUUUAGCCGAUAUUGUUGUUGUCAAACAAUUGCUGCUUGCCAAAGACAAGGUGCAGCGCAGCUUAGACAAAUUGGAAUCGGUUAACAAUUUCACAGAAUUCGUGAAAGCAUUUAGUCAGUUUGGUUCUGAGAUGGUAGAACUCGCACAUCUGACUGGUGACAGACAAAACGAUCUGAAGGAUGAAAGACGCAGGGCACAGAUGGCAGCCGCCAGGCAGGUUCUCGAAAGAUCCACUAUGAUGUUGCUCACUUCUAGUAAGACAACAUUAAGGCAUCCCGAGAGUACCACAGCUAGAGAAAACAGAGAUACAGUGUUUUGCCAGAUGCGUAGAGCCAUGGAUCUAAUACAUUUCGUCGUCAAGGAUGGCGUGUUAAAUACCGCAGAGUCUUCUGUUCCGAUGAGCCAAAAAGAGAUGGAUUCUGAUACGGAACGAGGCACGCUCUAUUCUUGCAUGCGAACUCUUCAACAUAUGUUAGAAAUGAGUCGUGUUACAUUGGAUGGUUCGUGCCACGAAACCCUGUCCGGUGCUUUGGAUGCGGUGCUGGAACGGACUCAAGAUUUUACAGAUAGUGCAUAUACCAGUCAUGAACAUCGGCAAGCAAUUCUGGAUUGCAGUGAUCGCAUCCGAGGGGAAUUAGAUCAUUUACUGGGAUUAUAUGCGAAUAUAAUGGGUUACGAUGGCGAUGGGGGUUGUCCUGAAUUGGAAUCAUGUAUCUCGGCCGUCUUGAAUGCCGCCAAAGAGUUAUCCAAAAAUCUUGCUUCUGCUGCAUUGCAGCAAGCCCAAGAACUUCCGACGGUUACUAAACAGGGACAAGAUCUGGUCUCGUCUAUGCGAGAGCAAGCACUUUUAGAUCAGCCAGAUCACUUACAUCAUUCCUCUAUGGCCUUCCAUGACUCAAUCGAUCAUAUUUUAGAAGUGUGUAAAUUGCUAAGACAUGUAGCGGCUUCUGAGAGUCUUCAAGUAUCCGCGAGGUUCAUCGAAAUCAAUUUACGUGUCUACGGUCCACAAGUUAUUACUGCUGCAAAAACUGUCGUCGGCUAUCCUGGAAGUAAAAUCGCCCAAGAAAAUUUAGAGGUCUUCACCGAUAUGUAUCAGUGGCUAGUCUCUGAUGUAACUACGAUAGUUAAAGAUGUCUUGGAUGGGACCAUAGUGAAACCAGAAAAACAGGUUUAUAUGUCAUUACCGAGACCUGGGAAACAUGGUACAACUACAAAACCAUUGAAGGCUGUGCGAUUGGAUUCUGAAGAACAAGCGAAAAUUGCUAAGUCUGGCCUUGAAAUGAAAUUAGCGACUAGCGAAAUGGAUGCAGAAACUGACAAGUGGCAGGAGAGCACUGCCCAAAUGGAGGAAAAUAAUGAUAUUGUAAAAAGAGCCAAGAAUAUGUCUUCUAUGGCAUUCUCCAUGUAUCAAUUUACAAAAGGAGAAGGCGAACUAAAAACUACUCAGGAUUUAUUUACUCAAGCGGAGUAUUUCGCGGAGGAGGCUAACAGACUAUACAAAGUUAUAAGACAAUUUAGCUACCAGGUGCCUGGUGGUAACAAUAAGAAAGAAUUACUGGAACAUUUAGACAAAGUACCGACGUUCGUUCAACGAUUGCAAUUUAGUGUUAAGGAUCAUACCGUCGGAAAAGCUGCCACUUUCACCAAAGUCGACAACGUCAUACAAGAGACUAAAAACUUGAUGAAUGUAAUCUCCAAAGUUGUCACCACCUGUUUCGAGUGCGCCACGAAGUACAAGUUAGAAUUCAACAGCGGCUGUGGUGGAAGCGGAAGAGGCGUAGGAAGCGGCGGUGAAGCGUCGAGCGGAAGUGGCGGAAUGGGUGAUAUCAAGGGCGGCGGGGCGACAGGCUCGGACCAGAGCUUAUGACAAAUGGGGAUGUCCCGGCGCAACAAGGGAGACUCGCGCAGGACCCGAGUCUCCUUCCUGUUGUUCUAGGACCGCAAAAUGAUAACGGCCAAAGAUACAAAAGCAAAUACGGAUUGUACAUACAAAAUCGACGCUUCCCAUAUAUUUUGUUACGCAAUAUGAAAGUUUCAGGAAGUGUGGCGCAACUAUUCAGAUCUUUCUUACUACAUUCUCUCUGACUUUUAUUUCAUUCUAUUUUCUAUUUGUAACGUUUAAAAUUGUAAACCUCAGUAUAUUGGUUGUUGUACAAGCAUUACCGUAUAUAUUUAUAAAGCUGAUACGUACUCAAAUAUUUUAUAAUUACUACGAAUUACAUGGAAAGUAAUGGAGAAUAUGCCGAAUUAAUUAGCGUAGAAUCUAAAUUAGUUAAAUAUUCACUAUGAAGCAGAGUUAACCACUUUGUUGUUCUUUUAAUAUUAAUAAUAUUCAUAAUAAUUGUUAAACAUGUUGUUACAAUAAUAUAUAAGAGCCUUAUUGACCUAAAAUCGACCUGAAACACCAUUGCAAAUUCUAAUUAAAUAUAUGUAACGUGAUGUAUAAUAUACAUAAGCUAGUAGGCGAUAUGGAGCAUAUUUACUUAAUAUACGGUCUUUCCUGUACAAAAAUCAUUAACUUACAGAAAAAGAAAAGUUAUGCACAUUAAUUAUAUUCUUUUGAUUUUACUUGUAAUUUUAAAAUGCAACAAAUAAGUUGAGUAUAAUUUAUUGGGAUUCAGUUACAGUUAAAAAAAAAUGAUAAAUCAACCUACUUCUCUUAUCUGAACCAAAUGUAUCCAAAGAUAAAGGAGAGAUGCGACUGAAAGAAAAGAAUGAAUUAUAUUGUAAUAUAAAAAGUGCGCAGCAUAUACAUAUACACACUAAUUUAUAUAAUGCAAAUUUACUGUUACUACAAUAGGACCACAUUAAUAAUUGAACAGUAAGUACAAAUAAUUUAUAGCAUAACGGUGUGCUAAUGUGAGAAAACCAGAAAAAGAGCCUGUUGAUUUUGUUCUUUGUAAACGUGGAAUAAUCUGUUUAGGCCCAUAUAAAAAAUGUAAUGGCUUACUAACAUUGUAACUAUAAGUGAAUGAAUAAUCGGUGUUGGUAGCGCGAUUGGGUAUGUUGAUAGAAAGUAGUUGGAAAGAAAACAUCUCUUCGAAAUGAAAAUAAUGAAUAUUAUAGAGAACAUAUUUUUCUAAGAUUUAUUCUAGCUAAAAAAAAGCAGAGCAAUUUUUUCUGGAGGGACUGCGAACUCUAACUAUGUUUUUAUCAAUAUAACCAAUUUUUAUUGGUGGUUAUUUAAAUAUAAAGGUAAAUAAAACAAUCAUAACUAAUCUGACUGUAAGAAUGAGUGUGUAUUAAACAACAAAGUACUUGUAUAUAUAGAAAUAUAAACGUACUCAAAGUUAUCCAAUCUUAAA